AUGAGGACUCGAACGUCCAAUCGCACAAAACGAUACACAGUCGAAAAGUACGACUUCGAAGGUAGUUCCGACGAAGAAAAUCUCAGACGCGCCGCCAAAAAGGCAGAGCGUGAUGAAAACUUUGAUGAGACUGCUGCUGCAGAGGAAAGCGCCGACGAGGAAGAGCUCGCUCUCGACCCAGAGCAGGAGAAUGAGGAGAACGAAGAUCCAGAGUCCGAAGGCCCCGUGAGCGAACCAGAUGGCAUCCCUGACAGAUUUGCGCGCCAGCGUGUAAGACCCAUCAGGCCUUUCAACGUGCGCGCCGCAGGCCUGACGGGCUAUCUCGACCUGGAGCCUGUAGCAGAUGGACGCAUAGUGAGGUCGUACUGGGGACCGUAUGAUCGUGGUUUCAAAGGCAAACAACUCGUCGAGGCGUGGUAUGGGCGACAUGAGGAUGGCGUCAAGCUCGUCAAGGGUAUGCUGGAUCGCUGGAUGGACUGGACAGUUUUGCCUCCCAAAACUCAGGGCGAUGAGGAGCAGAAGGACAGAGCUGUUUGGUCGCCUAAUUUCUUCGAAAGAGAGGCUUACAGCGCCGAGCAUUGGUACGAACGCGUCAGGGAAAGCCUGCCCGAAGCCAACGCGCGGAUACGACUUUCGGUAGAGGAAGCUCAGCUGUACCGUUUUCAGACAGAACCAAUGCCUGUAUUGUUGGGGCCGGUCACGGCACCGCAAGAGAUCAAGUUCGAGGCUGGUGAUGCAUACUCAAUUUCUCAGAACGGACUUCCCACAGCACAUGGCACCACUCCCGUUGGAUGGAUGUUGGACGCUGGUGGGAUUGUCACUGGGAUGGACUGGGCACCUCUACACAGUGCCAACGCACCACAGCUUCUCGCCCUAUGUGUGAUCCCUCAUUCUGAUCAAGAGCUCUAUGACUACGAACAGGAGUCUCAGAGGCCUGACUUUCAGAAGUACGGCGUUGUUCAGUUGUGGGAGUUUGUUGGUGAAAGGCAAGAAGAUGGCUUCGCGCGACCUUCAUCGCAAUUACCAACGUUGCGUAAGACGAUAUGUCUCGAACAUGGGCGAGCCAGGAGAGUAAAAUGGAGUCCGGCGUGUGGUUUCCUGGCAAUACUCUGCGAUGAUGGAGAUGUCUACGUGAUCGAGGCUGGCGAUGACGGAGAAGGGGGUUAUGAAAAGGUCGUGGAGCCCAUAGCUGUGUUUGGCUUCCCAGAUGAAGACGUCAAGGCAACAAGUUUCACGUGGAUCAACUUCAACCGGUUAGUGGUAGGCUAUACUGACGGUUCUAUUGCUAUCUGGUCCCUUCGUCCUCAUCGCCUCCUUUCCAGGCAUCCCGUCCACCAUAAUAUUGUGGUCGAUCUUGUCUCAGGAUAUCCGGCUAUGCCUUAUCUCAUCGCUUCUACUCCCGUUGGCGGAACUGUCAAGCUACUGGACCUUCGUGCUCCAAGCUUUGAGUCCACUGAAGUCCAGAAUCUUAUCGUCGGGACGCAGCCAAAUUUACUCGGGUACAGCGAUCAUUUGUUAGGCUUCUACUCCAUGUACCCAUCUGCGGGCGUGCUCAACACCCAUGUCGGCUUCAUGCACCAUUCGCAAUUCCCCGUUGCUCGUCGUGUUUUCACAGGGGAAAGCUUUCCCUCCUGUCUCGCUGUUGGACGAACACAUCCAUACCUACUUAUCGGCUCUCUGGACGGCUCACUCUGGGCCAUCAAUCCUCAGGUCGAACUCUUUACCACUAGGCGUGAACCUACAGAUCGCAUUCGCAUCUUUCAUCACGAGCAUCGACCUGCAAAGCUCUUCCCAGAUGGCUCCCCUGCAGCGGCGCGAGGAGUUUCAAGAGUGGCAACGGGUUUCAUUUUGGAGCGCAGUCUCACCAAGCAUUCGACCCACAAACCUCCUGUCAAGAAAGGGAAGAAGCCGAAGAAGAAGGAGACCGAUACAGCUGUCGGCGAUGACGAGGAAGAAGAUGGCGGAGCGAUUAUGGAUCCUACUCGAGCCAUCAUCUAUGAGCCUCUGACGAGAAUCACACCAUGGGAUCAGGUUUGGUGA